AUGGGGACUAUACAGACGGGCACUUCAACAGUACUUCAAGAGAGCAACAACCUGAAGGCUGCCCAGCAUCUCACCGCAGGCCAGGCGCGGGCUACACUGAGAGCUGAGGGCUGUCACCUGCCAGCCCGGUCCCGGUCCCGGUCCCGCCCGUGCCCUAGCGCCUCGCUCACAGCCCCGCCGCUCCCCGCCGCGGAAGGGCGGGAAGGGGGCGCUCUCGCCCCGCCGCCACAGCCGGGGAGCAGCCGGGCCCCGCGCCCUGCGAGGGCUAACGGGACAGAGAGAGAGGACUGCGCGGAGCCGACUUCCGCCGGCUCCGGGACGGCAUCCCCACUGAGGGGUGGGCUCGUCAAGCAUCUACCCGGGGCCCGCCUUCGCCUCAGGCGGCGCGCGGACCGCCCCGCUUCCCGCCAACAACGGCCGAGGCUCCCGGCCCGCCCCGCCGCCCGCGGCCACGUGACCCCGCCUCACAUGGGCAAGAUGGCGGCGCCCAGAGCUGUCAACGUGUGGCGGAGCGGAGGCUCUGUUACUGGCUGCCACGUAAUCUUUUCUUCGUGCAAUCGUAUCUACCUGCACAAGCAGUCAAGCAAUCAACAGCAAAGAUGCUUCUUUCUUCAGGGACAAAGAAAUACUGCUUUCAGUAUAGUUUGGCCAGCCACAGUAUCUCCAGCUCACCCAGUUCCUAAGCACAUAAAGAAGCCAGACUAUGUGACGACAGGCAUUGUACCAGACUGGGGAGACGACAUAGAAAUUAAGAAUGAAGAUCAGAUUCAAGGGCUUCGUCAAGCUUGUCAGUUGGCCCGUCACGUCCUACUUCUGGCUGGAAAGGGCUUAAAGGUUGGCAUGACAACUGAAGAAAUAGAUUCCAUUGUUCAUCAUGAAAUAAUCAGACAGAAUGCCUAUCCGUCACCUCUGGGCUAUGGAGGUUUUCCAAAAUCUGUUUGUACUUCUGUAAACAACGUGGUAUGUCAUGGUAUUCCUGACAGUCGACCUCUUCAGGAUGGAGAUAUUAUCAACAUUGAUGUCACGGUGUAUUACAAUGGCUACCAUGGUGACACUUCUGAAACCUUUUUGGUGGGAAAUGUGGAUAAUUCUGGUCAAAAGUUAGUGGAGGUUGCCAGGAAAUGUAGAGAUGAAGCAAUUGCAGCUUGCAGACCAGGGGCUCCCUUCUCUGUAAUUGGAAACACAAUCAGCUCUGUGGCACAGCAGGGCAGCUUCCAGGUCUGCCCCUUCUUCGUCGGCCACGGCAUCGGGUCGUACUUCCACGGGCACCCCGAGGUGUGGCACCACGCCAAUGACAGUGAUUUGUUAAUGGAAGAGGGAAUGGCGUUCACAAUAGAGCCAAUAAUAAUGGAAGGAUCCCCCGAAUUUAAGAUUCUGAAGGAUAAAUGGACUGCAAUUUCUGUAGACAAUAAAAGAUCAGCGCAGUUUGAACAUACCAUUGUGAUUACCUCUGAGGGAGCAGAAAUCCUCUCUAAACUGGUGGAAGAAGCCUAAGGAUGGAGCAAGGAGCGGAUGGACUUGCUGUACUUCUGGGAUUUCCAGUUUCACUCGGGACAGAGGCAGUUUCUGUAAUUUCUGUGGGGAAUGGGUGCGGCAUAAAUCACUGCAGGGGACAGAAAAAGCAGCUUGAGGGAUCGGCUCUGGAUAUAGUCUUUUCUGUGUGUUACCUGGUGAGUAUUUAAUAAAAGAACCUUGGUUUGUUUGUGA